AUGUCGUUCCUAGAGACCUUAAAGACCAAGGCUUCACAGUUGUCGCUGUUUGACAACGCAAACGGUUCUAAUUACAGGCCAGAAGACUCGAUUUAUAAUCGGAAACUGAGUAGAGAUGAGCUAUUUACGGCAGAUUACAGGUUACCUCCUUCCGAAUCUCUGAUGGAUCAGUGUUCAGCAGAGGUCUCGAUCGCUCUUCCCGGGACCAGAAUUAAAGGAGCUCCCUUAUUCCAGGGCAAGCUGUAUCUGUCAGAAUCGUUUUUGGUAUUCACAAGUGCACCAGAUCCUCGUGAUUGUACAUUUAGUAUACCGCUUGUGACUAUUCGCCGGGUUGAAAGACUGCCGUCUCAAUUUUUUGCAUUGAUGAUUCACUUGUAUCAUGGUGUUACCAUCACCAUUCAAUUUGUGGGGCUCCGAUCACAUUGUGAAGGGUUUUGUAAAGUUUUAAAGGACAAUCUGAGAUCGAAUCUGCCUUUGAUUAAACAAUUAAGACCAUAUUUGCAUAGUUUUUUCUCGGAAUACUUGGUUGUGAAUCAUACUGAGGAUGUGGUACCGACUGAUUCUAACAGCGGGGAUGGCGGAAAACAAAUCGGAAUAGUUUCAGGCAAGUCAGUACCCAAAGUGAAAUCGGUACCAGAACCUCCUCAGGGUUUAGGCCAUUUAUUUAGAUAUCCAGGAGACUCGCGUAAACUUCGUGACAAGUCAAAGAUGAGACUAUGGCUUGAAUAUUUUCACGAACAUGGACGAAAUAUAUCGCUUAUUCGACAGCCAGGAUUUUACAAACUGAUUAGAAUUGGAUUGCCAAAUAAGCUGAGAGGUGAGAUCUGGGAACUGACUAGUGGAUCCAUUUAUCUUCGCAUGCAGAAUCAACGAUUAUAUUCGUCAUUGCUAGAAGAGUUUGAUGGAAGGACUUCGCUAGCAAUUGACGAGAUUGAAAAGGAUCUCAAUCGAUCGCUUCCAGAGUACAAAGCAUAUCAAGAUCCUGAGGGAAUCGGUAGAUUAAGAAGAGUGCUGACGGUGUAUUCCUGGAAGAAUCCAGAGGUAGGAUACUGCCAGGCAAUGAAUAUAGUAGCAGCUGCACUACUAAUCUAUCAAUCAGAAGAGCAGGCUUUCUGGUGUUUAAAUACCAUCUGUGACAAGUUACUACCAGGAUACUAUUCCAAGACCAUGUAUGGCACCCUGUUGGAUCAGAAAGUCCUCGAAUCUUUAGUGGAAAAGACAAUGCCUAUACUAUGGGACCAUCUUGUGAAAUACGACGUGCAACUGUCAGUGGUAUCACUUCCAUGGUUUUUAUCGAUAUUUAUCAACUCAAUGCCUUUGGUAUAUGCAUUUAGAAUAGCAGAUAUCUUCUUUUUGGAGGGAGCAAGAACGCUUUUCCAGGUAUCACUGGCUAUUUUGCGAAUCAACGGAGAAGAGUUAUUAGAUGCCACUGAUGAUGGAGCAGUAAUUCAGAUUCUCAAAUCGUAUUUCUCUACAUUAGACCAACCAGCCCAUCCAAAUGCACAAUCUGAGAAAAUGAGGUCGAUUACCAAAUUCCAGCAGUUGAUGGUUAUUGCAUUCAAAGAGUUUUCGGUGAUUACCGACGAGAUGAUCAACCAGUUCCGAUCGAAAUAUGAAAACCAGAUUCUUCAAGACAUUGAAAUAUUUGCCAAACGUACACAGAUUCGAAACCUACCCAAAGCGAGCAACAUGACACCAGCAGAAGUAGGUAUUGUUUACGACCGGUUCUACGGGGUUCUUCAAGAAACAAGACUGGGUCUGGGUAAUGCCAAAUCAGAGAUGAAUCUCGACACUUUUGUGGUGUUCAUGGCAGGUAUUGUGGACUGGAUGAACCCCGUUUACCAGGAGCUGGGUAACGGUUCUGCCAACUCUCGGUUUACAGGUACACAAAUCCCACCACCACAUGAUUUCAUAGAACGACUGUAUCGUCGUUGGGAUACGCAACUAAGGGGUAUGUUGACUCUGGGAGACGUUGUACUCGGCUUGGACAGACUGAUUGAACCAGAUCUGAUGACAGCCAUGUCCAACUUUUUUGAAUUGUACGAUAGUGAGGGUACUGGAAGCGUUGAUCGAGAGGGCAUUUUGAGUAUGUCUGAAGGAUUACUCUACUUGACUAGACCAUGGAGACAAGAUCCAUAUAUCCUUGACGAGACUUCUCUCAAACAGAUCCAGAAGAACAAGUCUGACUAUGCGAAUUACAUCGAGAAAAAGAGGGAGUUUGACUCAAAAGACGAUAACGACAGUAGCGGGGAACCACCCAGCCCAGUCUCGCUCGUAAACAUGUCAUCGAUCCAACACGAGCAAUCCGCCAGGUACCUGUCAGCCAUCAGUAACUUUAUCCAGCGAGCAUUCGAGUACGCUACACCUACCGAGACAGAAACAAAGCAACAAGAAAAGGAUCUCAUCAACCUCGACGAUAAAUCUACCGAAACCAAUAAUGAAACAACCAACCCAACAUCCUCGACCUCAUCGGUAACAUCAGCCGCAACCUUAUCAUCAUCCUCACCCGCGAGUUCACGAGAUAAACUGCACAGCAAUGCAGCACUCAACCCAGACACUCCAUUGACAAUGAACCUCGCGACGUUCCGCAUGGUGGUCCUUGCCGAUGAGACCCUGGAGUUGUUCUUCGCGCAAUCGUCGCAGCGGUCGGUGCAUCUCACCGACAAAGGCACCGGAGUGUUUGACACAUCCAAACGACGCGGAAUCUCAGCAGCAGCCACACUCCGCAACGUCUUCGACGGCAUCAUCAACGACGGCAUGCGCGUAGCAGGCGAACUCCGUCGCCGUAUCGACGAAAUCGACCGCCAAGUCAAAGACGACGACGACGAUGACGAUGUGUCCACUGUCAAGCAGGCCGACCGCGACCUGCUCGAAGAGCCUCAGACUUAA